AUGGAGCUCCAGUUUGAAGAAAUUAUCCCCCUUCGAGAGACACUCUGGUGCCAGAUCAUGAGCGGUGGUGUUUCUCGAUUCUCUCUCAGUCGGUUCCUGCCAAUUUCGACCAACAAAAGACUCAAGAUGUUUAAGGAGAAGUGGGCUCGCUUCAACGACCAAGCUUAUGACAGGGCCAAGAAGAUUUAUCCCAACCAUCCGAUUGUCGGACUGUACGAUGCUGUUGACCAGGGGGUCGUGUCCAAGACUCAGCUACUUCACACUCUUGACGAGGCAUUGUUCGCCAAUCUAGACGUCACAAUUGGGAAUUUCUCCUGGAUUCCACUUUUCCUCGCUGCACAUCAAGAUGUUCAAGACGAUCUACGACUGGAGAUAAGUGCAGCUAGAAAGCAAGACACGGAGGACGACUCGUGGACUCAGUAUAUCACGGGAAGCUCGACGUUAUUGAUGGCCUGCUUGCUUGAGUCUGCGCGCCUCAAGCCCAUGGCACCCUUUUCCAUCCCACAGGCAGCGCCAACCGACCGUGUCGUGGAUAAUUUUGUCAUACCCGCCGGCACAAACUUCAUUGUGGACACGUACGCGCUCAACGUUCUCGAUCCAUACUGGGGCAAAGACAAUACCAAAUACCGACCGAAGCGGUUUCUAGAAACCAAAAGCCCCGGCGAGAUGCGCUACAGGUUCUGGCGCUACGGCUUUGGACCAAGACAAUGCCUCGGCAAAAAUGUUGCAGACCUGGUGCUUAAAGUGCUGCUUACGCACAUGGUGCAGAAUUAUCGCCUCAGACUUUCGGCUGGGGAUAGCACGAAUAUUGGGGAUUGGGAACGAGUGGUUGGCUCGUGGAUAAGCUCGAGCAACUCUACGAUUGUUUGCGAAAGAGUAAAUUGA